GAUUGACGUGACGGCAGACGGGUUGAAGAAGUGAAAUUUCAUUUGUGACUAGUGGUUGUGAAUUCCAGUGAAAAUGCAAAUUCCUAAUGAAUAUGUGUCCACUGCGGAAGAUAUUGCUGAUCAGAUAGUUCGCAAAUGCAAAAAUGUGCUGCCGACAGUGGCGCGGCUGUGCCUCAUCUCAACGUUCCUCGAGGACGGACUCCGGAUGUGGUUCCAGUGGAACGAACAGCGCGACUAUAUGGACAUCUCGUGGGGCUGCGGCAAGUUCAUCGCCACUCUGUUCGUGAUAAUAAACUUAUUUGGUCAGCUGGGAGGAUGUGUGAUGGUACUCGGAAGAUUGAAAGUCGAUAUUGCGUGUGGGAUGCUGUUCUUCAUCGUCGUUUUACAGACGUUCGCAUACAGUAUAUUAUGGGACAUGCAAUUCCUGCUCCGGAACUUGGCCUUAAUUGGAGCCCUACUUCUCGUAUUGGCUGAGGCGCGCGCCGAGGGGCGCAGCCUCUUCGCCGGAGUGCCAUCGUUGGGGGAGAACAAGCCCAAAACUUAUCUGCAGCUAGCGGGAAGGAUCCUGCUUGCAUUCAUGUUUGUCACGCUGCUUCGGUUUGAAGUCUCGUUCUUGCAAAUCACCCAGGACCUAUUGGGCAGCGUUCUUAUGAUCCUGGUGACAGUGGGCUACCGCACCAAGUUGUCAGCGCUCAUGCUGGUGUUGGUGCUGACCGUACUUAACUUGUACCACAACGCAUGGUGGGCUGUGCCUUCUUAUAAACCGUUGCGAGAUUUCCUUAAAUACGACUUCUUCCAGACUUUAUCCGUAAUCGGUGGCCUGCUCAUGAUCGUGUACCUCGGCCCGGGCGGUGUCAGUAUGGACGAACACAAGAAGAAGUGGUAGGGCCGAGCGCUAAUGUGCAGAGACUCUCAUAACUCGUUGUCAAGAUGUGUUAUAUUACUGGAAAGUGCAUAUGGUGAGAGUGAAUUUGUGACUGUAGAUUUAUAUUUAUUUCUAAUUUUCUGUUACUUGUACAAAGUGUAUUUAUGACAUUUAGUUAUUAUUUUAUCUGUUUUAGAGCGGUUACACACGGUGACUUUUAGCAGCGAUACAAACGCGCGUUUGUUAAACGUCAUUAAAAACGUGAAUCGCGUUUGCAUUGCGAUUGUAUCGCUCACUGCUUAAGCCGCGCUUGUGGGUAAAGGCGACUCAAUCGCUGCAGACGCGCAACAAGUCGCCGUGUUAGGGUUGUUCACACAGUGAGUGAAUAAUAGGUAAUAUUCUUGAAGUAAAAGUGAGUGCGCUAAAUAGAAAUAUUGGACAAUUCUUUUCUAUACAUUAUCUUAAGAAUACGGCUAAUUCGGAGAAAGAGAGAUCAGAGAAUAUAAUACGUGCUAGUCUUCAUAUAUAUGUACUAGCAAAACAGAAACUUUACAAGUAAAUAUAAUAAUAUUGCGCGCCCCCAUCACCUACAGUUUUUCUUCUAAUUUCAUGAACAGCUCUCAAAGUCCAGUAUUAAGUCUGUCAAAACGCGACCUGUUUUUUUUUAUUUGUACCCUACACCUUACAAUUGACAUACAGUUCGUUAUGCUAUGGUAAAAAUUCGUCCACUUGCCGUUCCGCGGCAAUGUAAAUUGAAUUUAGUUACUAAGUGGAAAGCGGUU